AUGACUUCCCUUCAAACUGUCCCAACCAGCUUUGCCUCUGUCAACGGCACCAUGAUCGCUUAUCGCCGGUUCGGCAAACCAAGCCCUCUGCCGUUAGUUUACGUCAACCACCUAGGUGGAACUAUGGAUGUGCUUGAUCCAGUUUUGUUCAAUAGCAUUGCCAAGAACCGCGAGGUAAUACUCUUUGAUAGCUUUGGUAUCGGCCAUAGUGAGGGUACCAUACCAGACUCAAUCGAGGGGAUGGCUUCGGUAGUUGUGGACUUCCUCGCCGCAAUCAGUGUGCGAAAGGCUGAUUUUAUUGGAUUCUCUAUGGGUGGUGGCGUUGUUCAAUAUCUGGGCUUUGAGUAUCCCCAACUUGUCAACAAAUUGGUUCUAGCUGGCACCCAAUCCGCCGUCGGAGAAGGUGUGGCUCUUCCCCCACGAGAUGUCCUCGCAAGCGCCGGCGCAAACGGUGAUCAGGCACCAACCGAGGAUGAUUUGAUGAGAUUAUUCUUCUAUUCUUCAGAGACCAGCCUGAGCCUUGGCCAUGAAUGGUAUAAGAGAAUCCAUGAACGGCAACUCAAAGACGAAGAGAGAAAAGAAUUCCUUGUUGGAGCCGGGCCUCAGUCACAAGUGGCAGCAAUUUUCAAGUUCGCCGUUGAUACUGGUAAUUUCGAUCGACUAGCCGAUAUCAGCGCCCCAGUCCUUAUCACAAACGGCCACGCAGACAUUAUGACACCUACGGCGAACAGCUUCGUUUUGCAGCAGAGGAUCACUAGGGCUCAGCUGCACAUUUUCCCUGACUCGGGACAUGGGCAUCUGUUCCAAGAGCCGGAACUCUACGCACAGCAUCUUGAGCUGUUUUUGAACAACUGA